CCCGCCUCCCGCACCCUCUCGGCAGCCCGCGCUGGGCGCACCCGUUCGCUCCUCAUCCCUCGCUACUAGGCCAUGGGCCUCGGGCCCGCCCCGACCCCCCGCAAGCCCGAGCCGUCUGCUGCGUGACGGGCGGCCCAGGUUACAAAUUGGUGACAGGAGUGCUGAGACUGGUCUGUAGAUGGGUUUUGUUUCGCUUCUCCAUUAACAAACAAAACAAGGCAUUGUCUUGGGUGACAGCUUUCAUAAAGAUCUUUUAUAGUAGGUGGUCACUAUGGGCCAGUGCUACUACAACGAGACCAUUGGCUUCUUCUACAACAACAGUGGCAAGGAGCUAAGUUCUCACUGGCGGCCCAAAGAUGUGGUUGUGGUGGCCCUGGGGCUGACUGUCAGUGUGCUGGUGCUGCUGACCAACCUGCUGGUCAUAGCAGCCAUUGCCUCCAACCGCCGCUUCCACCAGCCCAUUUACUACCUGCUUGGCAACCUGGCUGCAGCUGACCUCUUUGCUGGCGUGGCCUACCUCUUCCUCAUGUUCCAUACAGGUCCGCGCACAGCACGGCUCUCACUUGAGGGCUGGUUUGUGCGGCAGGGCCUGCUAGACACAAGCCUGACGGCUUCAGUGGCCACACUGCUCGCCAUUGCCGUGGAGCGGCACCGCAGCGUGAUGGCUGUGCAGCUGCACAGCCGCCUGCCCCGUGGCCGUGUGGUCAUGCUCAUCGUGGGCGUGUGGAUGGCAGCUCUGGGCCUUGGGCUACUGCCUGCCCAUUCCUGGCAUUGCCUCUGUGCCUUGGACCGCUGUUCACGCAUGGCCCCCUUGCUCAGCCGCUCCUACCUAGCUGUCUGGGCACUGUCCAGCUUGCUUGUCUUCCUACUCAUGGUAGCCGUGUAUACCCGCAUUUUCUUCUAUGUGCGGCGGCGUGUGCAGCGCAUGGCAGACCACGUCAGCUGCCACCCCCGCUACCGCGAGACCACGCUCAGCCUGGUCAAGACUGUUGUCAUCAUCCUGGGAGCCUUUGUGAUCUGCUGGACACCAGGCCAGGUGGUGCUGCUCCUGGAUGGUCUGGGCUGCAAAUCCUGCAAUGUCCUGGCUGUAGAGAAGUACUUCCUACUGUUGGCUGAGGCCAACUCGCUGGUCAAUGCUGCAGUGUACUCAUGCCGAGAUGCUGAGAUGCGCCGCACUUUCCGCCGCCUCCUCUGCUGUGUGUGUCUCCGCCGGUCCACCCACAAGUCUGCCCGCUAUCCGUCCUCUACCCAGACAGGUGCCAGCACUCGCAUCAUGCUUCCUGAAAAUGGCCACUCUCUGAUGGACUCUACCCUUUAGCUACCUUGGACUUCAACAGGAGGCAGCAAGCACCAGAUCUGUAGCCCCUGAUUCAACCCAACCAGUGGAACAGACUUAAAAGCAAACCCCUGGUCUGGAAUGGCACAACACCACUGCCAGCCUUCCCCAGGCACACAGAUAUAUCUAUACAGGGCAUAGGGUUUUGAGGUUACCUUCAAGUACCUGGGAGAGUCUGCAGAGUACAAGAAUCUGGCUCUCUAGUUAUCUCAGGUUUGGGGUUUUAUUAACAGACAUUUUUCUAUUUUUAUGGCAUGUCUCUGGUAAACCCUGUGGACUGAAUGGUUCCUCUGAUAUGAUGCUGUGAGGGUUAAGAGUGGGAGAGAUGAGAGCUAUCGUAGGCUGUGCUGCCCAGUGUGACAGGAUAACAAGGACAGACUGUGGACACAUCAUCUUUCUAAAGGUGAUUCUUGGGCUGGGUGUCGUGGCUCAUGCCUGUAAUCCUAGCACUCUGGGAGGCAGAGGCGGGUGGAUUGCAGAGCUUGGGCUGUUUGAUAACAUCACCUGGAGCCUAAAUAUCCAGACCCCCGUCUCUGCUAAAAUAGAAAAACUGAAGCAAGAGGAUAGCUUGAGCCAAGAGUUGGAGGUUGCUGUGAGCUAUGACGCCGUGGUACUCUACCAGGGCAACGCCUUGAGACUCUAUCUCAAAAAUAAUAAUAAUAAAAUAAAAUAAAGGUGAUUCUUUAGCAGCACAAACUAAGGGGCGCUGAACUGGGAAAGGUUUGUGGCCCCUUGCAUCAUGCAGGGGUUUGCCUGUACCUAUCAGAAUUGAGGGAGGUCCAGAGGGAGGACACGAUACAAGAAGUA